AUGCAUGCUCCACGACUCCAGGCUUGGAUUUUUUCAGCACCGUAUGAUCAGUCUUCCUCGAGGCCUUUAGAAAGCCUGUUGCUGAAAACACCUGUGCCUCGAACCUCUCCAGCAAGACUUGGCAAGGUCUAUUUACAUCCUUGUCCCAAAAUUUACCUACUGCGCAUGCAAACAAGUCCACCAAUUGGACUUUACUUUGUGGCUUUGAGUUGUUAUCAAGCCUCAUUAAAAUGUGUAUCUAUUGCCGAUCCUUUGGCGCUGGGUCUAGAAACCGCUUUGGUGGAGACAUCUGCACGAGUUGAUAGGCACCUGCAAGGCAGUAAUGAGCAAAUCUUUAGGUUCCGCAGCACAGCCACUAAACUAGCGAGAGGGGAAUCCCCGCCCCAUCACCCGAGGCCCCGCACCCAGAGGCCCCGCCUGCUCCACCUUUUCUCUACCGGCUGUCGGCUCGGUCUCGCCUGGCUCUGCUACGACGCCCUGGUGCACUUCGUGCUGGAAGGCCCUUUUGUCUACUUGUCCUUAGUAGGAAGCGUUGCCCAUUCUGAUGGCUUGAUUGCAUCCUUAUGGAAAGAAUAUGGCAAAGCUGAUGCAAGAUGGCUUUAUCUUGAUCCAACCAUUGUGUCUUUGGAAAUUUUGACUGUUGUCCUGGAUGGGCUUUUGGCACUGAUCCUGAUUUAUGCCAUAGUCAAAGAGAAAUAUUAUCGGAAAGCAGACAUGCCUUGCGCAUCCUCCAAAAAUAACUGGAGACAGUGGGUCCGCCCUUUGGCAGCCACCCUCUACCUGCUAUCCAUCAUUGUGACAGUUCCCCUGUGUGUAUGGGAGCUACAGAGGGUCCAGGUUGGAAUAUACUCCAAGGGUUGGGUGUUAGCUGGUGUGUUCCUACUUAUGACAAUGCUGGUAUUGCUGUGGAGAAUCUUACAACAUGUAGUGCAUUAUACACAGCCAGAAUUGCAAAAGCCAACUAUCAGAAUCCUUUGGAUGGUUCCCAUAUAUAGUUUGGAUAGUAAUGAAGAAAACAGACACAGUCCUAGCCUCAAGAGUCCAAUGUCCAGUGGGGAUGGCUCCGUAGUCCCCAAGGUCACCCAGGAAAUCUCUGGCAGAGCUUGGAUUCUGCCCAAAAGUCCUUGUUCUUUGUCCAAAACUUUUGAAGCAGAUUUCUUUGCAUGCAAGACAUUUCUUCCAAAAAUCUUGGCAAGAAAAGCAAAAACAAUUAAGUAUAGAUUAAGAUUUUUCUUGAAUAAUCUUAUAUGUGUCAUGAUAACCCAGUAG